AACGGUUAGUUGAUUGAUAGAGAGAGAAACCAAACCGCAAUCGAAAUCCAAUAAUCGUUUUAGCUCCGCUUCUCUCUCUCUCUCCCUCUGUCGCUUCAUCAGAGCGAGGGGGAAAAAAGCAAAAAACUCUCUCUGGGGGGUUGGAUCGCCGCCUUGUGUUCUCCAUCGUCAGAUCUGCGGCGUUUCUCCGUCUGAGAUUAAACCACCAAAAAUAACAAUCAUUCCAACCAAUCAUCCUCCUUCCCUCUCUCCCUGCGCGCCCAAAUACAAAAUUUCCUUCCCUCUCUCGCUCUUCAGCUAAACGGUAGGGUUUUGAUGUACGAGAAAGUGGGGGCGAAAUUUCACGAUUCCGGCUGAGGUUCCUAGGGAUGAGAGCGGCGUGCUACGGGAUGGCAGAUAAUCCAGGUAGCCCGGCAGGAGGGAGUCAUGAGAGUGGGGGUGAGCAGAGCCCUCACUCUGGAGUUAGGGAGCAGGACAGGUACCUCCCUAUCGCCAACAUUAGCAGGAUCAUGAAGAAGGCAUUGCCCGCCAACGGCAAAAUCGCUAAGGACGCCAAGGAUACUGUCCAGGAAUGUGUCUCCGAGUUUAUCAGCUUCAUUACUAGCGAAAGGGCGAGUGAUAAAUGUCAAAAGGAGAAGCGAAAGACAAUCAAUGGGGAUGAUUUGUUAUGGGCAAUGGCAACUUUAGGCUUUGAGGAUUAUAUUGAGCCACUCAAGGCGUACCUUAAUAGGUACAGAGAGGUAACUGAUCAUUCAUUUAACUCCUUUCCGCUUCCUUUUUAUUUAUCGUCAAGGUUUCACAGUUUUGGUGAUAUGGGGCCUGACAAUCUUUUUUUCCUAUGUUUUUUCUUGGUUUAAUUUGUUCUGCUGUGAUUGUGGUGACAUAGUUGGAGGGAGAUGCCAAAGGGUCUUCAUCUAGGGGCGAAGGAUCUGCCAAAAGGGAACCAAUUGGUGGCAUGUCUGCUCAAAAUGCACAGUAUGCUAUACAGGGUGCAAUGAACUACAUAAGUUCGCAGGGACAAGGACAGCAUAUGAUAGUUCCUUCGAUGCAAGGCAAUGAGUAGGGAGUUGAGCAGUGUAUCAUAUUUACCAAUGCAAAGUAUCCUAGGCUGGUAAAACGGUUUGGUUGUGGGACACCUUAUAUCAAUGUCUUUAUAGUUUCCUUUUGGUGUGAUUGGAACCAAUGUGUCGAUACGAAUGGUUUUGAAUGUUAGUGUUGGGGAGUAUUAUUGUUGAGAAGAGAACAAGGUUUGAUGAUAGUGAGAGAUUAGUGUCUGUAAAUUUCGUUGUUGUUCCCACAUAUGGAUCUAAACAGUUGAAGAAAUCUGUAGACGGUUGUGAAGUUUGAGUUGAUUAAUUCGAAUGCAUUGAUCAGUAUCCUCUUUCUGGAAAGAUGUUUAGUUAGUAGAAUCUUUGUGACAGAGGGAAAGGCUUACUGAGUGGCAUUGGGAGUUGGAUAAAUUAUGGAAACUUUGGAAAAGAAA